AGAUUGUUACACCGCUUGGGAUCUUUGCUUUUUCUUUCCCUCACAAAAGACAACACAACACUUCUUCUGCACCUCAACCACUAUAAAACAAUCUUCCACUCUCAUCAUCUACAACAACAACAACAAUGGAGACAGCUAAAGUUGGUGAAGAGGAACGACAACCUCGUCACGCACAGGGAGAAUCUUCCACUCUCGAUUGGAGAGGCAGACCCUCUAAUCCUGCCAAACACGGUGGAAUCAUUCCCGCUGCUUUUAUUCUUGGGUUGCAAGCAUUUGAGAUAAUGGCAAUAGCAGCAGUGGGAAACAACCUCAUAACUUAUGUCACCAAUGACAUGCACUUUCCUCUCUCCAAGGCUGCCAACGUUGUCACCAACUUUGUUGGAACUAUCUUUCUCCUCGCUCUCCUCGGAGGCUAUCUCUCCGACUCCCACCUCGGCAGCUUCUGGACCAUGCUCAUCUUUGGUUUUCUAGAACUUUCUGGUUUCAUUCUGCUAUCGGUCCAAGCUCAUGUUCCUCAGUUGAAGCCGGCGGCGUGCAAUGUGUUAACCGACGGAGAACAGUGCGUGGAAGCAAAGGGGUUGAAGGCGGCGAUAUUCUUUGUGGCGCUGUACCUGGUGGCUUUAGGGAGUGGGUGUGUGAAGCCCAACAUGGUUGCCUACGGAGGAGACCAGUUCGACCAAGACAACCCGAAGCAGUUGAAGAGACUCUCCACUUACUUCAAUGCAGCGUAUUUUGCAUUCUCUCUGGGAGAACUGGUCAGCCUGACCAUUCUUGUUUGGGUUCAAACCCAUUCGGGAAUGGACGUGGGCUUUGGUGUAUCCGCGGCUGUAAUGGCAAUGGGACUCAUAAGCUUGAUAUGUGGCACUCUCUAUUACAGGAACAAGCCCCCACAAGGCAGUAUUUUAACGCCCAUUGCUCAAGUUCUUGUGGCUGCAAUUUCGAAAAGAAAGCUGGCUCGACCAUCUAACCCACAAAUGUUUUAUGGAAACCAAAACCAUACCGGCCCUCUUCUAUCUGAUAAAUUCAGGUUCUUGGACAAGGCUUGUAUCAGAGUCGUCCAAGAGGGGACAGACACAAAGGAAAGCCCAUGGAGAUUAUGCAGUGUUGGGCAAGUUGAACAAGUGAAGAUAUUGCUAUCGGUUAUUCCCAUUUUCUCGUGCACCAUCGUUUUCAACACAAUCUUAGCACAACUGCAGACAUUCUCGGUCCAACAAGGGAGGGCCAUGGACACCCAUCUCACCAAAUCCUUUAACAUCCCUCCCGCGUCGCUUCAGUCCAUUCCCUACAUUAUGCUCAUCGUCUUAGUCCCUCUCUACGACACCUUCUUUGUCCCAUUUGCCAGAAAAUUCACCGGACAUGAGUCUGGAAUCUCACCUUUGCGGCGAAUAGGUUUUGGUCUUUUUCUAGCUACCUUUUCUAUGGUUGCAGCUGCUGUGAUGGAGAAAAAGAGAAGGGAUGCAGCUGUGAAGCAUAACGAGACCUUGUCCAUUUUUUGGAUAACCCCACAAUUCUUAAUAUUUGGAUUGUCAGAGAUGUUUACGGCCAUUGGUCUCCUUGAGUUCUUUUACAAACAGUCUUUGAAAGGGAUGCAAGCAUUCUUGACAGCCAUCACGUACUGCUCCUAUUCAUUUGGGUUUUAUUUGAGCACAGUUUUGGUUACCUUGGUGAACAAGAUCACUUCAACUUCUUCAAAUGGUGGUUGGCUUCACUACAACAACCUUAACCAGGACAGGCUCGACCUUUUCUACUGGCUACUCGCUGUCUUGAGUUUCCUCAACUUCCUCAACUAUUUAUUUUGGUCCAAACGUUAUUCUCAUGCUCCUUCCCUGUCCCAACCCAAUGCCAAGGAAAUCAACCCAUACGUAGAAGAUGACAAUAUUCCCUAGACUCUUAAAUUACUCUUUUUUUUUUAUAUCUCUCUCUUUAUAUAUAAAUAUACAUAAAGCUAUGGACAACUCUGCUUGUAUACUCUUCAAAUUUACAGUUACUGUAAAGAAUUAUAUAUGAAAAAAAAUGCCCAGAAAAUAGUAUCCUUA